AUUUUUCAAAGAAAAGAAAAAAUUCACUGAAGUAGCACGCAUUUCCUUUGUUACGUGGAUAUAUUUUUUUUAAUUUCUUAAUAAUAUUUAAUAAUAUUGUAAAGUACUGUACACUUUUGUGAAUUAUAGAAAAAAGAAUUUCUUUAUAAGUGAAAUAAAAGUCAGUAAUCGAUAAAAGAAAAAAAAAAGGCAAGUUUACAAAAAAAAAAUAAAAAUUCAUCAUCAGCACCUUGCCUGGCGGACAUUUUGCAAUGAACACCCAAAAUCAAUCAACAGCCCACUAAAAAAAGAUUUAAAAAUAAAAUAUACAGCGUAGAAUAAAAAAAAGUAAAGCAGCUACAAAAUGGACAACGAAAUCAAAGAACAAAAGGAGCAGAAAGUCGCCGAGGAGUAUCUGUCUAGUUUAGCUGAUUUGAAUAUGAACAGCAAACCGCUUAUUAAUAUGCUCACAAUCCUGGCUGAAGAAAAUAUCGAAUAUGCUGCUGUUAUCGUCAAGGUGGUCGAACAACAUAUUGCUAAGGUACACCCGGAUAUAAAGCUUCCCAUUCUCUAUUUAAUUGAUUCAAUCGUUAAAAACGUAAAAAAUACAUAUAUUCCACUAUUCAGUCAAUGUAUUGUUAAUAUCUUUUGUGGAGUAUUUGAACAGGUUAGCGAAAAAAUACGCGAAAGAAUGUAUACGUUGCGUCAGACAUGGAAUGAAGUGUUCACUGCACAAAAGCUAUACACUCUUGAUGUUAAGGUUAACUGCAUGGACAGAAAUUGGCCUAUAACAGCUAAAGUAAUAAAAUCACCCUCAAUUCAUGUCAAUCCCAAUUUUCUCAAGAAGAAUGAAAUGGAGGCAACACUUCGAGUAAAAACACGCGAACUUUUAGAGUUAGAAAAGCGCAAACUUGAGUUGGAGUUGGAAGCAACUAAAAAGUUGUUGCAAGAGCAAGAAAAACAGUUGUGUAAACAAACAGAGAGUGUGAAAAUUGCACCAGAACAUCCUCCACAGGUUCGUCAUCCAUCAAUUGGAGCAAUGCAAAAACCAAACUAUAUUGGAAUAAAUACGUAUCAAAAAUUCCGUAAUAAUGGACCUAGGCAGCCACCCCCAAAUAUGAUGAAUAUGCAACAGAUUUUUCCACCUGGAGUUGCCCCACCACAACUUAUUCAUCAACAGAAACCAAAAGUCCAUCCAGUUAAUCCCAUCAUGCUGAAUACCAUCCGGCAUCGUGAUCCUCGUCUUGCUCGCCAACAACAACAGCAACAGCAGCAGCAGCCGUCUUCACAAGAAAAAGAAAUCAAACCAAAAUUGAAUGCAAAUUUUCCAGCAUCAGUUACACAAACUUCGGAUCAGCAAGCCUCUAAUCAAAAUAUUAACAGUGGAACUCAAGGUUCAAGCUCUUACAGAAAUUCUAAGGCAUUUGAUUCCCGCACGACAAAACGCCGUGAAACUGAUCGUUCAAAUCAUAAUCGCCCAAAUCAUGAUAGAUCCCCGAGGGAUAGAUCCGUUAGAGAUCGUUCAUCAAAAUCUCGCAGCGAAGAAGAACAUUCGGACGGUGGCAGCGCAGGGAGGUCGAAAUCUACAAAUGUAUCAAAUCGCAAUAAAAGAGGAGGAAGUAGAUCACGAAGUGAAAGUAAAUCACCAACUCGAGUCAGAUCAUCAUCUACACGAUCGUCGAAUCGCAGCGGGAGCAGCUCUCGAGAUAAAGAUAGACGUAAUAAAAGUAGUUCCUUCGAUCGAAGAAAAGGCAGUAGUAGAAAUAAUGAUUCAAAAUUUUCAUCUUCAUGUCCAAAAAUAGAUGAAGAAUCAGAGACACAAAAUGAUUCGAUUAAGAAAAAGACUAACUCGCCCACAAUUUCACCGACUAAAUUCAAAGAUUCGAAAUCAAAAUCUUCUUCUUCGGUAAAAGUCUUAAAAACUUACGCAGGGCGCAAGCAUAAACCACGAACUCCCUCGCCAAAUGCAACAAAAGAUGUAGAUUUCAGGAUCAUUCACCCAGAUAAACGAGCUAGGCUUACUUCACUUAAAAAUGAUACGCCUGCAGAAGAAGAAAAGGCUAUUAUGCCACCACCACCACCGUCAAUGGAGGAGGAAAUACCAACAAUAGUUGAACCAGAGGACAAAGUAUUAGCACCAGAGGUGAAACCCACGAAUAUUGAAAAAGAUCCAAUAGAAAUUGAUCCAAUUAUUACCAACGCUACUGCUAAAACUUUAGAUCAAAAUUUAGAAGCGAUUCAUUCUGUAAAGGAUGUUGACUUAAGACAAUUUCAAAGAAUAACAAGUAAAGCACAUCAGUCUUCUACCUCUACACCAGCGUUAAUUGUACAAUCGAUUAAUAAAUUAGAAAAAUCUUCAGAAAUAGCAACGUGCAGCACUCAUACCAACAACAACAAUAACAACAAAAUUGAUGCCGUCAAUAAUGAAGUGAAGGAUGAGCCUAAAACGAACGUCUCCAUCGUCGAGGCCGAUAUCCAAGCGGAAGCUGAACACAAAGAAGUUAUAUCGAAUGGUAAACCAAUUGGCGAGAAUAAGCGGCCUUCAACCGAUGACGCAGGAGAACCUAAUGCAAAGCGGAGCAAAUCUGGAAAAAUGGACGGCUUGUUUGGUACUGAAGAUGUGGAUUUGAGAACCGUUAUUCCAACUGUAAUUUUAAAUCCAACCGCUGGCGAUAUAAUGACCCCACCUCCUCCACCUGUUAUAUCAAACGAAAAAGAAAACUGGGCUAAGGUUAAGGGAUCACCAGCAACCAAACUUACACCAAUCAAAUCAAGUCUCGAUGAUGUUCGCGCUAAAUUAGCAAAAGCGGCUAGAUAUAAUAAAAUGGAAAAAUCUCACAGGGAAUUGUCUCAGAAGUUUAAAAUAUAUGAGCUUCAGGAUGAAACCACUUCCCAAGAGUGUAACGACAACAAAAUCCGUACAAUUAUAAGCCAAGCCCAGGAACUGCUUGAAAGCAGAAAUAUCAACCAGGAGCAAUAUCACAACCUAGUUAAAACUGUAAUGCAAAUUAAUGAAACAAAUAAAUUAAAUGCUGCCAAACGUCUUGAAUCACUUAGUUCCAGUGAGAAAGGUAAUGACCAAGAAGAUGCACAUGUUGAUCCUGAUAAAGAAGCUCGUGAUGCUGUUCACAAAAAACGAAUUCCAAAACUAACAAAAGACUCUGUUUCAUCAUUGUCGAAUGUAGAUUUGGCUAGCGAUGCCAAGGAGUCCGUUGUUUCGGUGGAUGAAAGCUCUCAGGAUAAAUUAGAUUUGAUACCAUCCUCCAGACAGAUCACAGGAGAAAAGGAGAAACGAGUUAAGGUAUCAAAAUGGUCCGCCCCAGCCCAACCAACAAACAACCAUGCCGUUCAAUCACAACCACAGCCCCAAAGACAACGGUUUGGCCCUAACAACAGACCUCCACCACCAUUCAACAACAGAAUGCUACUUCCUAGUCCGUGGCAGAACCCAAGCAGUAUUUUCAAUGGUGCUACACAAUCCAGAAGACCACCAAGUACAGUUCCUGCUCCGCCACAGCCACCGACACUUGUUAUUCCAAAACCAUGCAAUUCAAUUGACAAUCCCCAAGAAGAUGUUGUGCGCUCGAUCACAAUAGACGGCCGCACAAAAGAAAUUCGUUUCUAUGGUAAUGUUGCAAUUGUAUUCAUGGAUUGGGAUCAACCCAGAGAAAUCGGCUUUCAGCCUGGUACAAGAACCAUAACCAUUGAUAAUAAAGAGUCAAUUGUGCUCAAUUUCAAUGAGGACUACAAAGAAGUUACAAUUAAUGGAGAACCACAUCGCAUGCGCUUUGCUUUCCCAUCGCGCGAACUUUAUAUUGAUGAGCACUGGUAUGAAGUUUACUUUGGUGGUCCAGCAAUGCCAAUUCCUCUCAACAACAAAAUUCAUUUGCUACAAGCAGAAGGGCCUCCCCCUCAAGUUCACAUCGGAAUACUGAGACGUGACUUGGUUGUGGGUAAAAUUAAUAUGAUUGUUGAUGCUAGGAAUAUUAUUCCAGUAUUCCUAGAUGCUAAUCCUCAAACGUUUACCAUAGAUGGGCAACAGCAUAUUAUAGAAUUUGCAGAUAAUCUAAAAACUGUAAUUAUUAACGGGGAAUUUUUAAAUGUAGAAUAUGGAGGUUUGCCUAAAAGUUUAAUGCUGGGUGGCCGAAAAUAUUUUGUACGUUUUGGUACUCUGCCGUCAGGAAUUGUGGCAGGACAACAUGUUAUUAAAGACAUGAAAUAUAUUAACAUGCAACCACCACAAGAAAUAGAAAAAGUCCCAGAUACAAUUGUGCCAUGCAUUACAGAUACAGAGCCAGAAAUCAAACCUAUUUCGAAACUUGUUGAUGGUGAAAUAACGGAACCAAUAGUUCGUCCAAAAACCACAUCUUCACCGCCGAUUUUAACACAACCAGUUUCAAUUCCAGGUAUUGCUCCAAUAUUACCAAAUGUCAAUAUUGACGAACUUUUCCAAAAACUCAUAUCAACUGGCAUUAUUAACAAUGUGGCCAAUAAUGGUAGCGCCCCAGAAAACAAAAAUGUUAAAGAAGAAGAAAUCAAACCUAUUAAGGAGUUAGAACCUAUAAAACCAAUUAAUUUGAACGUUCCAGAAACGAUCAAAACUCGUCAAGCAGCUAUUAUAAAUGCAAUUUUCUGUGGUAUGCAAUGCAGCAGUUGCGGUGUACGUUUUCCACCAGAGCAAACUAUAAAAUAUAGUCAGCACUUAGAUUGGCAUUUCAGACAAAAUCGCAGAGAGCGAGAUUCUGCAAGAAAAGCUCAUUCCAGGAAAUGGUAUUAUGAAAUCUCUGAUUGGUUGCAGUAUGAAGAAAUCGAAGACUUGGAGGAUCGUGAAAAGAAUUUCUUUGAAUCGCAACAAAUCGAUUUGGAGAAUAUUGACGAAAAUUCUAAUCAACGGACUGCCAAUUCUCCGGUCCCCAGUUGCCCAGCUGAACCGGGUGAUGUUGAUCGUGCAUGCGAUAUGUGUCAAGAAAAAUUUGAGCAAUUUUAUAACGAGGAUCAAGAGGAAUGGCAUUUACGAGCAGCUAUUAGAGUUGAGGACAAAAUAUAUCAUCCUCUUUGCUAUGAGGAUUAUAAGGUUUCAUUAAAUCCUCCUAAACCUGAGGUUGAAGAAAAAAUUGAGGAUCAGAAUAUAACUGCGAUAACAAUUGAUGACGAUAAUGCAGUCGAUGUGGCAAUUGUAAAGAAAGAAGCCCCUGAAGGUUCACAUUCUGAAACACAAGUUAUCCCGGAUGAUGACGAAGAUGAUGACGAUGUCAUUGUUGUUCCAGCUGAAGAACCAUCCAUUACCGAAAUAGACGACGAUGAAGAAUAUGUUCCAGUCAAUAUGAGCAGAGAAGAAAUGGGCGGUGUUGCUGAUGAUGGAGUAGCUUCCUCUGCCGUUGCAAUCAAUGAAACAAUGGAAUCAGAUGUCGAAAUCCAAGAACCAAAUAUACCAUUCACCGAUCUUGAUACCUACAUAGAGAAACCCUCUGUAGCGGAUGAUUGCUCACAAUCAUCCUUGUUCAACGUAAAAAUUAAAGAGGAACCUAAAGAUGACGAAGAUGAUGACGGUUUUGAGGAUGUUGGAAUCGUGCUCAUGCCAGAGGAAGAGAUUUCUAUUCAGAGCAGCGAUGAAAAUACAGGAACCCGGACAAUAUCUUCAACAGUUUCAACACCUCUACCAUCGCCCAUUAUUGCUGACACUCCUGCAGAAACAUCUCAACCACCUUCCGAAGAAGCUGCACCAGCGAUAACGGUAGAAAUACCAGAAACUGGAGACUCAUUGGAAGGAAAUCUGGAGUCCAACGAUAAUCCUUUAUGCACAACUUCAGCCCUAUUGGGUGUGAAUAAAAUUAAGAUUAAUAUGACUAAAAAUAUUGUAACGAGUAAUAAUAGUACUUCAAAUCCAACAACAAAAUCGAUUAGUCUUAAUCAAAAUCCUACCACAUGUGGUGGUAAUGUUAGCAAUAUAUCAACUAUUCCAGUUCUUUGCAGUGGUCCUAUGUCUAUAAGUGCUAUACCAACCAUAUCACUUGACAGCACCACUGUCAGGAAUGAAGAAAGUAGUUCUUUGUUUUCUGGUCACUCAGCAUUUUCUGCGGUGUCUUCGUUUUGUACACCCAUUUCAUCAGCUGCAACUGAAACUUCUAGCAAUGUUAUACAGGUUAUCACAUCACAUACAACUUCAGGGCCAAACAAUAUGGAUUCAUUUUCAAAUUGCAUAGAAGUUAUUGGUUCUAAUUCCGCUGGUGGUGGAGGAAUCAAUGUCCCACCAACAAUUAGGGAUAGUACCACUCCUCCUCUCUCAAUCCCAUUAAAACCGGUUGAAGUUGAACAGGUCGAACCAACAUUCACCUUCAAACCAGAGUUACAAAAUGUUAAACUGAAAAAAGUUAAAAAAAUUGACUGUGGCGUAGAGGCGUCUGGUUUAUGUUCAAUAAUGUAAAUCAGCGUUUUUUUUUUCUAAUAGUAUUUAAUUAUAAAUAUUGUAAAUAUACUGAAACAUACAUUAAUUAAAUUAAUUUAAUCUAGAAUUUUAAAUUAUACAAAUGUACAUAUAUACAUCCCAUUAAUCCUACGCACAUUAUGUUUUUAAUUCAAUACUUAGUUAACAUUUUAUAUAUAUUAUUUUAGAACUCUAAUUGCAUCAUUUCUAGGCUAUACACGAUCUUAUUUCUAGCAUUGUUGUGGUCCAGAAAUAAAAUUAUGGCCUAAUUCAGCAUCGACAGAAAAAUUUUGUAAUAAAAACUAAUACCUAUGUUUUUAGAAAGAAAAAAAAAAUGUGAUAAAUUUUUUUAUGCAGAACUAAUGAUAAGUUUAUGAAAAAAAACAUGAAUAAAAAAACUAAAUAAAACCACUUGAUUUACUUCCUUAUUUUUCUAAUAUAAACAAAAACAGGAACAAUAUUCUUUAAAAUAUGGUUUAAUUUUAU